AUGUCAGAGCUGGACUUGAUGAAAAAGAAGCAGCGUUUCGCCUCUGGGACCCAUUUGUCCUCGGCCUCCCUGAAGAGGAGGUUUUUAAAGAAGAGGAGGUGGAGGAGGAGGAGGGUGACUCCGGAGGCGCAGCAUGAGGAGGACAGCGACUGCGAGCCGUGCAGAUGUUUCAUAUUUUCCACGUCCAGCAGCAACCGCACCGUCCACCGGAUUCUGACCGCCUGCCUGCUCUCCUUCCUGGCUCUGCUCGGCUCCGUGUCCGUCGACCUCAGCGCCAGCUUGGACCUGCUGCGCUCCACGGAGGCCGCUUACGACGAGCUGACUUCCUGCAGGACGAUAACUCUUCUGCAGCUCGUCAAAGAGCUUCAGAAGAUGAGGCGUUUCUUUGCCACAAACACGAGCGAUGAGACUCUGGACACCAGCUUUCCUGCAGUGGAUCGUCUCUGUGAUGAAGUGGAGAGUUUUAGUGACGGCCGUGGACUCCCUUGCAGCGUUGAGGUGUCUGAAUUUUGCCAGGAGACGAUGAGCCACAUUAAAGACGUUUUGAACACCUCCUUAGACGCUAACAGCACAGGUUCUGCCUUGACUCGGGCCAUAGAGAGACUUCUCGACACCUGGGGCUCGGUAGAGGAUUCUUUGGUCAAAGCCAAACAGAACUCUAACUGGAGAGACGUUUUGUCUGCCAGACUUCUGGUGGUGUUCAUAGAGCUCAACCAUCAGCUGAUGUUCUCCCAUCACACAACGGCUCUGUCUGGCUUUCAGCUCAGGUGGACUCGCACUCUGAGCUACCUGAGCUUCGCCCGGGCCAUGACAGAACGCCUGAACCGCUGCUGGUUGGAGAACAUGAACCAGGAGAUGAAAUCUUGUGUUUUUGACACGAGUCAGUGGCAGAUUUCUGGGGCUGGAAGUGACAACUUGUCCGGGUCUCACACAGGAAUUCAGGUUCUGAUACAAACCCAGCGUUGCCUUUUUGAUCGUGCAUCCUCAGCUCUUCUGUCGAAGUCUCGGUCCAUGUCCUCGAGUCUGAGUAUGAGGAUCUGCCUGCUGGCAUUAGCCUGCCUCAUCUACCCGGCAGUGAUGUUCUCCUUCAAGCAGAUGACUGAGUGGAUUCAGAACUACGCCGGGAGGCUGAAGGAGAAGUCCGAGGACCUGAAGCGCCAAAGGCAACUGGCUGAAGAUCUGCUGCACCAAAUGUUGCCAAAGUCAGUCGCCAAGCAGCUACGAAAGCACAAACACGUUGAAGCUGAGAGUUACGAAAGAGUGACCAUUUUCUUCUCGGAUAUCGUGGGCUUCACCGCCAUCUCUGCGUCCUGCGCUCCUCUGCAGGUGGUGGAGAUGCUCAACAGCCUGUACAUGUGCUUCGACACCCGCAUCGACUCCUACGACGUCUACAAGGUGGAGACCAUCGGAGACGCCUACAUGGUGGUGAGCGGCCUCCCUGAGAGAAACGGCGACAGACACGCUGAUGAGAUCGCCAAGAUGGCGUUGGACCUGCUGGCGGCCGUCAGACAGGUGGUCAUCCCUCACAUGCCCAACGAAAGGCUGCAGCUGCGAGCGGGCAUCCACACAGGUCCGUGCGUGGCGGGGAUCGUGGGCUACAAGAUGCCCAGGUACUGCCUGUUUGGAGACACGGUGAACACCGCCUCCAGGAUGGAGUCCACCAGCCUGCCUCAAAAAAUCCACACCAGUUCAGAAACGUACCUGGCUUUGAUGAAAGACAACGCCUACGAGCUGCAGCUCCGCGGAGAAAUCGAGGUGAAGGGGAAAGGCAAGCUGAACACGUACUGGCUCGUCGGCCAUAGAAACUACAGCGUGCAGAACGACAGUCUGGUUUGCAACUGGAACCCCAACAUGGCCAGGAAGAAGAAGAUGGUGGCCGGCAGUCGUAACGACAAAGGUCAGCUGGGUCAUGGAGACACCAAACGUCUGGAGGCUCCAAAGAUCGUCGAGGGCCUGGCCGAUCAGGUGAUCGUUUCUGCCGCCUGCGGACGCAACCACACGCUGGCGCUCACAGAGGACGGCACCGUUUACUCCUUUGGUGAGAACAAACUGGGUCAGCUUGGCCAGGGCAGUCAGACGGACGCCGUCCUCAGUCCAGCACCGAUUUCCUACAACGGCCAGCCUCUGGUGAAGGUGUCCUGCGGUGCCGAGUUCAGCAUGGUGGUGGACUGCAAAGGAAACCUGUACUCCUUCGGCUGCCCAGAGUACGGACAGCUAGGUCACAACAGUGACGGGAAGUUCAUCGCUCGGGCCCAGCGGAUCGAGUUCGACUGCGAGCUCGUCCCCCGGCGCGUCGCCAUCUUCAUCGAGAAGUCCAAGGACGGCCAGAUCAUGCCGGUGCCCAACGUGGUGGUCCGAGACGUGGCGUGUGGAGCCAAUCACACGCUGGUGCUGGACUCUCAGAAGAGGGUCUUCAGCUGGGGUUUUGGCGGUUAUGGACGUCUGGGUCACACGGAGCAGAAGGACGAGAUGGUUCCCCGACUCGUCAAGCUCUUCGACUUCCCCGGUCGCGGCGCCGCUCAGGUCUACGCCGGGUACCAGUGCUCCUUCGCCAUCAACGAGAUGGGGGCGCUGUUCUUCUGGGGGAUCACAAACACGUCCAGAGAGUCCACCAUGUACCCCAAAGCUGUGCAGGAUCUGUGCGGCUGGAAGAUCCGCAGCCUGGCCUGCGGGAAGAGCAGCAUCAUCAUCGCGGCGGACGAGAGCACGAUCAGCUGGGGCCCCUCGCCCACAUGUGGAGAGCUGGGGUACGGAGACAACAAACCCAAAUCCUCCACAACCGCUCAGGAGGUGAAAACUCUGGAUGGGAUCUACGUCGAGCAGGUGGUGAUGGGUUACUCCCACUCUCUGGUCAUCACUCGGCACGACUCCCAGCAGGAAAAGGAGAAGCUGAAGAAGCUGCCGGAGUACAACCCCCGGACCAUCUGACCCAGAGCAGAACCGCCGGGACGGCACCAAACAUCCCAACCACCAGCCCACUGGUUCCACACCGAUUCGGACUCUAAAACCCACGGGAGGUCCGGAUGAUCCACCUUUAAAGAACCGGCUCGUCACUCUCAGCUGCGUGGUUCCCACUAAGAAAGUUCCAGUUUUCAGUUAAAAACCCGGUUCUGGUUCUGGUUCCGUCGUCUUCGUUUGAAUUUGUUCGUCGUGUUUUCUGGUGCUAAAGCAGAACCUUCAGACUUUCCCUCUGAGGGGGUUUCAGAGACCAACGCUCCAAAACCUGGACCCUUUUCUACGUCCACGUUCAGGUUACGGGGAUCAUUUUGUAUUUGUUCCGACAGUUUGGGUCCAAUCAGAACCGCGAGGUUCUGAGCUCGUGCACCGCCUGAAGUUACAUUCCUCCCCGCUCAGUGUUUGCAUCCAGGAUGCACCUCAGACCUCGGAGUCCGUCACCUUCACGUCGUUUCUUUCAUUUUGAACUUUUCCUACGCUCAAAGCGGGUUCAACAAGCGGGUCAGAACUUCCAGUCUGGAGCCGAUCCGAAGUUUUCAGGCAGUUUUUAUUUUUAACGAAGCGGGGGAGUUCUGUUUGUCCUGUUCUGUUGUUUACGCUGUUUGUUUUCCAUUGCAAUGAAUAAAGCAUCGUAUA